AAAACCCUUUUCAACUCUUGAUGGAAAUUAAUACACAUUUUGCUUCCAACACACAUAAUUGUUCUUUCAUCUUCUCUUACAAUGGGAGAUGGGUUUCCUAGGUUUUGUUGGAUUGUGUUGUCUUGGAUUUUGAUCGUAAGCAUUCACCAGGUUCAACUGAGUGAACCACAAGCCGCAGCUGUUGGCUGUGAUUAUUUCCAAGGGAGUUGGGUUUUCGACAAAACUUACCCUCUUUACAACACCAUGGAUUGUCCAUUCAUUGAGAAAGAAUUCGAUUGCCAAGCCAAUGGCCGACCUGAUCAACUUUAUCUCAAAUAUAGAUGGAAGCCAAAUGAUUGUAUGCUGCCAAGAUUUAAUGCUAAGGAUUUGUUGAGAAAGUUGAAAGGGAAGAAAAUGAUGUUCAUUGGGGAUUCACUAAGCUUGAAUCAAUGGCAGUCUCUAACAUGCAUGUUGCAUGCAUUUUUGCCACAAUCAAACUACACUGUUCACAGAGAAGGGAACCUUUCUACCUUUUAUUUGCCUGAGUAUGAAGUUUCCUUGAUGCUAUCACGCAAUGCAUUUCUUGUGGAUAUUGUCCAAGAAAAUAUAGGCACCGUUUUGAAGCUUGAUUCCAUUAAAAACGGCGAAUCAUGGAAAGGAUAUGACUUUCUCAUCUUCAAUACCUGGCAUUGGUGGCUCCAUACUGGAAGAAAACAACCAUGGGAUUUCAUUGAAUCAAGAGGAAAGGUGAAGAAAGACAUGGAUCGUAUGGCUGCAUAUAGAGAGGCACUAAGAACAUGGUCAAAAUGGGUGGAUUCCAAUGUUAACACUACAACUACCCAGGUGUUUUUUCAAGGCAUUUCUCCCACUCAUUUCAAUGGCAAAGAAUGGAAUGGUACCAAAUCAACAACUUGCACACAUCAAAUCAGACCGGCUACCGAUUUAACAUACGAAAGUGGUCCACCUCCGGAAGUGAUGAUCGUAAAGGAAGUGCUAAAAAACAUGUCGACACCGGUGGUUUUGCUCAACAUAACCAGAUUAUCACAGCUGAGGAAAGAUGGUCACCCAUCAAUUUAUACUGGUCUAAAAGGAAAUGAUUGUAGUCAUUGGUGCCUAGCUGGUGUUCCUGAUACAUGGAAUGAAAUCUUAUAUGCAAUUCUUACAAGUAGGAAAACUUAAUUCAAGAUUAUAAGAUUUUUUUUUUUUCAAUUUAA